AUGAUCUUAUUUAAAACUUCAUCAAAUACAACCCAUUCAAAACAAACUGAUAGUGAUCAUAAUGAUGAUGGUGAAGUAAUAAAUGUUGAUGAUAAUGAAGAAGUACACGAAGAUGUCAGUGACGAUGAUUACGAUAGUGAUAUUUCUGAAGAACAUGAUUUUUCACAUGAUGAUAGUACUUCCUAUAUAUUAUCGGUGACCACACACAUCGUCGCACCAUCACUUCGUCGCACGACAAUUCGUCGCAAUAUAAAUUCCUUGUGAAGAUUAAUUAAAUUUAUUCGAAAAUCAAGUGUACUUGAUCGUAAUAUUCGAAAUCAAAUACAAUUAGAAAAUAUAGAAAUCAUUCGAUCUGCACAUGAACAAAGCGUUAAAUCAGUUAAACUAAACAAUGCUGUUUUGGACUUCCGUAUUCGAUGGAAUACGACUUAUAUCAUGAUAUCACGGUUCAUUGCAUUAGGCUCUAUUAUUACUAAUAUCACAUUAUUACCUAGUAUUGAAAUUGACUUGAAAAAGGGCAAUAUUGCAGCUUUCUUAGACCCAACAGCUUAUCGAUAUUUAACUGAUGAAGAUAGUAGUGAAGCUGAAAGAAUACUUUUAUCAGAAUUUGAUGUUACCCAAUUAUUUGAUCGAUUACAAAUUGAUACAUCAGUAACAACAAUGAUGUCAAUGUCAACAUCAAGACCAUUAGGACAUCAAAGUACUCAAAAUAGUACAACAUCUCAAGAAAAAUCUACGUUAGAUGAAUUUUUUCGCAUGUGUGAAAUGCCUUCAGCAUCCAAUAUAACAACAAAUUCCAUCAAAAAGCAGUUAUCAUUUAAAGAAGAGCUGUGUCACUAUAUGUCUACAGCUGGUUCAAGUUCUAAAUUCAGUGAAUACUGGUGUCAGCACGAACUGCUUCUUCCUCAACUGUCACAGUUUGUUAAAAGAUACAAUUGUAUAUCUGCAACAAGUGUUCCCAGUGAGUCGGCAUUUAGCAUUGGAGUAUACUUGCGACGCAAAGCUCGAUCGUCACUUUCACCAACAGCUUUGAGAUAUCCAAUGAUUUUACGUGAACAGGCAAACAUUUAUCUUUUCACUUUCUUUCUUUUUUUUGUCUAUCAGCUUUUUUCUAGAAAUUUGUGUAAAUUAGGAAUUAGAAAAAUCAAAUGUAAAACAAUAAGACUUUUUUACUAG